AUGUAUGCCAAAACACCCACGGCCCUCCUGGCCGCACUGCUCGCGGGACAAGCCGCCGCCAAGACCGAUAUAGGCGGCUGCGUAUCGUCCGCAACCGUAAGAUAUGGCGGCGCCAGCUUGAUCUGGUACGUCCCGGACACCGGCGAGAUUUGCGAUUUCCUCGACUGUGGCGGCGGGCGUGCACCGCCCAAGACAACCGUUCCGGGCUGCGAUGGCUACCAAGGAACCGCCACCUAUUCGCCCAGCUUUCUGCCGGGUUUCGGUGCCUCUGCGACUCCUACUUCGACUGAGAACUCCGCCCCGGCCUCUACCUUUACCUCGGUCUCCACGUCCGCAUCCAGCUCUAGCUUAGCGUCUAGCAAAUCGUCCAGCGAAUCUUCCGGGGAAUCCUCUGGCUCGGCAGCCACCUCAGCAGCCACCUCGGCUUCUAUUACUGGUACAACAACCAGUGUAACCUCCGUUGCUACCAUCACUCCGGCACCGACUGCGGCACUGGAAACAAGCGUAGGUGUUGCCUCGAACGGCGGGUCUUCUGCAUCAACUGGAGGCUCAACCGGAGGAGGUUCUCAAGGAGCCGAGUCUGCCAGCACCUCUGGCGCGAGUAGUGUCUCCGAGGCGGCGGCUAUGCCGACCGUAGCUGUGAAGGGUGCUAUGCGCGUGGCAGUUGGCUUGGUGGCGGUCACUAUUAGACUGUACGAGUUCAGUUGGAUAUAA